UUAAGAAAAUAUUUUAUAAAAUGAAUUAUAUAUAUAUAUAUAUAUAUAUUUACCUUUAUCUCAUUUCCACAAAUAAAUCCAUUAAAUCACAAUAUCUGUUUUACUUAAUAAUAUGUUAAAGAAGAUAACACAUGUAUUAGAAAGAAUUGUAAAAUAUAUCAUAAAUAUAUUGUAUCUACACGAUAUUUUAGUACAUAAGAAAACCAGUUAACACUUUGAGUGAUAUUUCACUUUUUUAUUCUCUUUUAUACUAUUCUUAAUCUGUAAUCUAUCUUUUUAUGUUACUUAUUGAAUUUUUAUUCACCGAUUUUUAUCUUUGUUUGUUAGAAACAGCAAGAUUUGAAAAUGACAAUGGAAGACUCGUUUAAUUUUUCGAAACUGACCAAAUUUUUACAUCAAACCUUGGUAUUUACAGAAGAAGUAAAGAAUAUAUUAAAAUCAAAUUGUGAUGAAGCAAUGUAUUGUUUAAAACCAUGGUACACGGAAAUACAUUCUCAACAAGAAGUUAAUAAAAAUAUUUGUACUUGUGUCAAAUCCAAAGAUGAACUUCAAGAAAUUGCUGCAGAUAUUAGUAGAACAUUGAUACAAACACAACAAUUGCGAGAAAAAUUAUCUUCUAAUAUCACGGGAAGAAAAACAAAAUAUUACGCUUAUGAAUGUUUCCAAGAAACUGUAGGAAAUAAAAAACAAAAAAAGGUAAAAAGUUUAAAUAUAAGCAAUAAAGAUAUAUAUUCGAGACAAGACCUUCCUGGUAUAAAAUUAAAUGUUGAAAAAGCAAGUAUUGGUAAAGGAGUACAAAAUGAAGUAACCCAAAGAGAUGCACAUAUGACAUUUAAAAAAGCGAAGAAUGCUAAUAAACAAUCAAUAUCGCACUCAAUAAAAUCGUCAGAAAGCAAGAAUUUCCUUGUAAUAAAUAAAAAGAAUAUUAAAAAUAUAACGGUCCUUAAAGACAUUAAUCGCAAAAUGAAAAAUGAUGUUAAAUCUAAUACUUCCAUAACAGAGUCAAAAUGUAUUAAAUUUGGUCAAAGAAAUUCUGCAGCAUCAACUAGUGAACUGAAAUGUCUAAUACAGAAAAUGUCAAUUAAAUCUGAUAAUUGUACACUUCUUAAUGAAUAUAGAAUGAAGUGUCCAUUACACGAAGAUACAAUUUCACAACGUACUUGUGGACAAAAUUUAACACUUAGGACUAUUGUAGAUAGUUUAAAUACAAUUGAUAUCCCUGAAGAAAUAAUUAAGUCACUGAGAGUUUAUCAUACAUAUUUGAAUACUGAAUGUACAGAAAGAUCAUUCAAUGAAAAACAACAAAAAGUGUUACGUACAUUUUUGCUAGAAUUUAAUAAAAUGGAUGAAAUUGCACAAAAACAAUUAGCACACAAGAGUUAUAUAGUAACUACACUUCUUAAAUUUAUUUCAUUAUUUCAAACUCUUUUCUCUAAAAACGUAGGAAUUGAUGUAGAAAAUAUUAGAUUACUGUACACAAAAUUAAGAUCUGCAUGGAAAAUUUAUGAAAUGAACGAAUUCAAAAAUAAACAAAUUUUGAGAAAUGAUAUAUGCAAAACAUUACAUACUAUUUCUAAUGUAACAGAAUGCAUGUCAAAUGGACUUUGGAAUCUUUUUUAUAAUCAAAAUCUUGAAGGGAUGUCCAAAAUAUGUUGUAUGCGUUACACAAAUAAAGAUCAGUUAUUACUCUUCUUUGAUGUAAUGCAACAAGUACAACAUAUACAAUACUGUGAUGAUUUAAUGAAGAUUAUUGCAGAAGAUGUGCUUCCUAACAUGAACAUCUUUCUUGAUUGUACUCAAUUAGAAUAUGUAAAAAUAUAUAAAAUGAUUUCUAUUCUUUACCAAGGUUUAAAUUCAAAAAUUCCUAUUUUAGUAAGGACUGAUAAAUAAAGAUCUUAACAUUUCUUAUUAUUCAGAAAUUGAGCAUUGAUACAUUUAUCAUUUAUGUUACUAUAGCAACUAGAAAACAGAAAUAUAUUGGUAUUAUUUAUACAUGCAGUG